AUGGGGGAACCAGUGCACCAUGACUGCUUGGAAACAAUUGAGGCGACAUACUCGAGUCGCCCUGACCUGAAGGAAAGCCCCAUGAAGGAUGAGGAGAACUGGUUCACGGACGGAAGCAGUUACGUCCUGAACGGUAAUCGACACGCGGGGUAUGCCGUUACCACCAGUCAAAAGGUGGCGAUUAUGCAUAUUAAAGCACACCAAAAGGUGAACUCUGAAUUGGAAAAAGGAAACGAGCUGGUGGAUAGGGAGGCAAAACGGGCUGCCAAAAUAGAGAUAAAGACGGAAGGAGCACUUAUUCCCGAUAGGCAAAUUUCCCUGGAAAGUAAACCAGAAUAUACCAGGGAGGAUCAGAAACUUAUUGCAGAUUUGGAAGGGACAUAUAACAAGGAAGGGUGGGCUUAUACCCCACAGGGGAAGUUAAUUAUCCCCUCUCGUUUACUAUGGCAUUUCACACGAGAGGAGCAUAGGAAGAGACACUGGGGAGCAGAAGCUUUGUAUAGUCAUUUGAUAAAAGAGAUUGUAGCCAGAAAUUUGUAUACCACGGUAAGGCAGGUGACUCGACAAUGCGACAUCUGCCUCCGGACUAAUCCCAAGAACGUUCCCCAGAUUGGGAAGGGCAACGGGCCUGGGCAACAAUGGCAAGUAGAUUUUACAGAAUUACCAAGAAAAGGGGGGUAUCGAUAUUUGUUGGUACUGACUGAUACCUUUUCAGGCUGGCCAGAAGCAUUCCCUACUAGAACAGCUAAGGCUCGGGAAGUAACUAAAGUACUGAUACAAGAAAUAAUACCACGAUUUGGGGUUCCGGCAAUCAUAUCCUCAGAUAGAGGACCACGCUUUGUCUCAAAAAUAGUACAACAAAUUAGCCACCAUUUGGGUAUAGAUUGGCAGCUUCAUACCCCGUACCGCCCUCAGUCGAGCGGUCAAGUGGAGAAGAUGAACCACUUAAUCAAACAACAAAUUGUAAAAUUGGGGCAAGAAGCAAACCUGGCAUGGCCUCAGUCCCUUCCCUUGGCCCUUUUACGCAUACGGACAAGGCCAAGGGCAAGGGAAGGGCUAAGCCCCUUUGAAAUUUUAUAUGGACAACCUUAUGGGGUACAGAGAGGAAUAUCUACACAAAUUGGAGAGGAAAUUAUGAGCUCCUACAUGGUGGCGUUAGGGAAACAGAUCAAUAAAAUCAGAAAACAUGUAACUGGUACUCGAGGGAGAGGUCUGGAUGGACCUAUUCAUGGUAUACAACCUGGAGAUUACGUGUAUGUAAAAUCUCUUACAGAAAAGAAUCUGGAGCCACAGUGGGAAGGACCAUACCAAGUACUUCUCACUUCUUUUACGGCAGUUAAGAUCAAAGAGCACAACUCCUGGAUUCACCAUACUCGGAUCAAGAAGGUCCCUACAACUUCCUGGAAGGCAAUAGCAGGUGAUAAUGAACUAAAACUAAAGCUUACACGAGUAAAAUGA